GGCCCCCCCGCUUAUUGCCAGCAGCUCUCAGCAGCCACCAUCUACAUCAUCUAGCCCGAGAUCCCUGUGUUCAUGUCGACAAGUACUGCAGGAGAUGAUCCAAGGGAUCCCACUGCAGAGGUCCCCCUGACAUUCCCUGAAACAUGGCAAACGGACUCUGUAGAUAGCUUCAAUGCAACAAUCAUGUUCGCCACUGGCCUCAUUAUGGUCACUCGUAACAGGUUCCUCGCGUGGCCGGCGGUUAUCCUCUCAUUCAAUAGUAUGAUCAACCAGCACCCUCUACGCACGAAAGAGGGCGGAGCCAGUCCGAUCACGUCUCUUCUUGUCGCCUUCUCCGCAUUGCUCACUUGCUAUCUGCCCAUGGUGCUCAUUGGGCCAGGGAAACGAGAAACGCAGACACCAUUACCUGUCACGUAGUAUCACGGUCUGUGGCCGUAAGAAUGUACGCACGGAGGUAUCCAGCCCGUCGAGGACAAGCAGCACUUGACGGCUACUUCUUCAACAAGUAUUGCAGCCACCAUACA